CACAAGCGUCCAGACUCCGGCCGAGGAGCUCCGAACAUCCCGGAGCUGACAGCGGGAGGAACUCCGACAGCGACCCGGGAAGGAGACGCUCAGAGAGCCGUUCACCAGCAGCCCCAGAUCACCAGGUUCUAGAAGAUGGUUCCGUAUGAAGGUCAGAGUUAUUCAGCUCUGAGGAAACAGUGCCGGCAGGAUGGACGUCUGUUUGAAGAUCCUCUGUUCCCCACCAGCGACCGCUCACUGUUCUACCUGAGGAACACCGUCGGACCCGUCGCCUGGAAGAGACCUCAGGAGCUGAGCAGAAACCCUCGACUGUUCGUGGACGGCAUCAGCGCUCACGACCUGCACCAGGGCCAGCUGGGGAACUGCUGGUUCGUAGCCGCCUGCUCCAGUCUGGCCUCCAGAGACGCUCUGUGGCAGAAGGUGAUUCCAGACUGGAAGGACCAGGAGUGGGACCCGGAGCGACCCGAGUCCUACGCCGGGAUCUUCCACUUCCGGUUCUGGAGGUUUGGUCAGUGGGUGGACGUGGUGAUCGACGACCGGCUGCCGACGGUGAACGGAGAGCUCAUCUACUGCCACUCCAACGACCCCGACGAGUUCUGGAGCGCGCUGGUGGAGAAGGCCUACGCCAAGAUGUGCGGCUGCUACGAGGCCCUGGACGGAGGGAACACUGCCGACGCUCUGGUGGACUUCACAGGAGGAGUUUCAGAACCGAUGGACCUGACCGAGGACGGCUACAAGACCGACGAGAGCCAACGGAACCAGCUGUUCGAGAGAGUUCUGAAGGUCCACAACCGAGGAGGCCUGAUCAGCUGCUCCAUCAGGGUGAGGAUGCACAACAGACCUACAACAGACCUACAACAGACACACAACAGACACACAACAGACG